AUGAUAUCUGACUCUUAGUAAUCAUUUAAGGAUUUAGUCUAAAAUUAUGCAGUUAGACAAUAUAAAACAGGCAAAAAGAAUUCUCGAAGAUUGUAUCAGAAUUCUUUAGGGUCUUAUUCUGAAUCAUAAAUGAAGUCAAUAUAAAUUGAAUAAAAUUUAAGUUAUGCCAUUAGCAAUAAACGAGUCUAAAAUGGCGAUCCUUAAAUGCAUCUAAGAUUUUAAGCAAUAUCCAGCACUAAAACAAGUAGAUCAGAAUUACCCCUCUUUACUAUUAAGUAAUGGAAUUAAAAAAAAAAACCUUUAUGUUUAAUACGAAAUUCAUAAUUAUUUAAUGAUGUUAUUAGAAAAGCCAGCCAAUAAAACAUUUAAUAGUAAUAAGUGCCAAUCAAAUCUCAAGAAUAAUUAAUAAAAAGUUAUCUUCAUUAGUUAUCAGUGAAACGUAAAGUGCCUCCUAAACCUUAAGGCACUGAAGAUCUUCUAAAUUUUGAGGUAGAUUAAUUAUAUUUUGAUAUAACUCGUAAAGAUGUUAUAUUGUCACCUAAAUUUCCUAUUAAAAACUAGCUUGGAGUUAAACAAGUUUUUAGGAAUUUAUUGGGAAUGGCGUAUGACUAAUAAAUGUAUCUGGAUUUAACUAGAUUAAGAGCGGCUCAUGUAGGCAUGCAAUUAAGUCAUACUCAUUUUUUUAGAUUUAAAUAUCAUUUUCUAAAUAGAUUUAUACUUUUAAAUAUCUCAACUGAAAAAAUGUUUAAUUGUUGUGAAAAAAUAGAAAAUAUGAGACCAUAUAUAUUGAAUGAAGUUUUAGAAUAUGAUAUUUAUGGGGGAGAGUUAGGUAUUUAAGCAAUAACAAAAUCAAUGUAUAAGAAAAUCUUAUCAGAUGUCACACUUGCUCCGUACUUUGAAAAAAUUGAUGUAGCAACUUAAGAAAUCAAAUUUGGAAGAUUAUUUUUUUAACUUAUUUAUCAUUUAGAUUCUCCAAAUUAUUCAUGUGAAACUUUAAGAGAAAGACAUGUUAAAUAUGCAUUAACAAAUGUACAAUUAACAAAUUUUAAAUAUUACCUUUCAUUAACUUUAUAAGCAGCAAAUAUUCCUUGGAAAUAUAUUAGACAAUUAUUACGUAGAAUGGAUAUUUAUAAGUAUGCAAUAAUUAAUAAGAAAGAUCUUUAAUAUUAUGUGAACUAAUUAGGUUUUCACUAGUUUAUUGAAAGUUUUAUUAAUAGUUGUUAAUAGGAUACGAUGUUAUCAGAACUCAUAUCUAGAAGAGGUAAAUAAAGAUUUACUGCACAUUGUUGCAAUAUUUUCCAUUACUUUUUCAGAUAUAACAUAAAGGCUAUAACAAGAGAUGAUUUGCAUUAAAUACACUCAAAGAAGGCUAUAAUAAAUGAAAGGAUAUUUGAGAAAUUAAAAUAGAAAGCAAUUCAAGAAGUGAGAUUAUUAGUAAAUGACACUUUGAUAAUAGAAGAUUUUAAAGAAGAUUGGGAUGAGGUUAAGCCUAUUAUUUUAGGUGAAUCAAGAAGUUAAUUAAUAGUAAAUCUUGGAGAAGAUUAUUUAAUUAAAAAAGCCUAGAUGA